CUGCGUGGAUAUAGCGCCGGAUCUCAUCAGCCAACUUCUGUCGCCAGCUCUAGUCGUGCCGCCACUAGCCCCACCGGUCAUGACCACGCCAGUCUCGACAAUGCUCCUUCACGCGAGUUUCGCAGCUCUCCUAGACCCGUCGUCGUCACCAACAUGGCAGCUCCGGCGCCAGUCACCGCGGCUCGUGCUCGGGCAGCUCUGGAGCAACGCCGAGCUGGAGGCGGCUCGGAAGCCGGACCACACGUUGCUGCAGUCGGGCCGGUCGGCUCUUCGCUCAGCCAAAGUCUGGCAGAAUUCGUUGAGGCUGAGCGUCUCUGCGAGACGACUGCCCGAAGUCCUGUUGCUGUGGGCUUCCGCGAAAUUGGGGUCUGGCGAGAAGGUCAGGCACCGCAGGUCUCUUCGCCCACACCCGGUGGCCAUGACGUCUACAUGAGGUUGGGCAGACGCCGUCCCAUCUACGAGACGGCUGGCCAGCAGAAGGAAGCACCAGAGAAGGAGGAGGAGGAGGAGAAGGAGAGAGAACGGCCGCCUUCAGAAAGAGUUUUAAGCGCCAUCGACGAGGUGCGACUAGGUGGGUGA